AUGACAAAGCGUGCUUGCGAGGGGAAGUGGGUUCGCACGGACAAAAUGAAGAAACAGCGCUCGAAGCUUGCGCAGUUCAACCGAGCCACGCAGCACAACCUCUCUCCGGAGCAUCGGUGGAUGUUGGAGACCUCGAAUUCUUUCGAGACGGUCCUGGAUGCAGCCAGCACGUCCUCGGCUUCCGCUGAGCAGGGGCUGUCUCCAGUCAAAGCUCGAGUAUGCGCAGCCGGAAAAACUCCUGAUGAUGCAAUCGUGCAGCUCGAGGGCGACCUAUCAGGUGCCAGCCUGAAGAGCAUUCCCAGUGAGUGGCUCUACUGCCGCAUGUGUGAGUUCGAGGCGCUGAGAGGAACCUGCGAGAAUGCCGUGGAAAAGAUCUUCUUGGAACUCCAUCGGCGCCGUGACUUCCUGGUGCCAGUGUCUGUUUCGGAGGAAGACUCAGACACCGAGUUUUAUUCCGCCAAUAAAGACUCUAUUGGCUGUGGAGGGGACAACACCAGUGCUUGUGCAAAAAGACGGCCUCGCCCAUGGGUGCGUCGAAGUGCCGGCCUCAAUGUCGCAGCCCAGCUGCUGAAGGAGGAGCUGGAGUUGCAACAGCUUCGCCGCGACCUCCGGCUCGCCUGCAUGAACGGUCGCAAAGCGGUUGCUGAUGCGGAACAGCCACCUUUGAAAAAGUCUCAGAGAGUGGCGCCGGCAGAGAGCUCUUCGAAUGGGCUCAACCUCAACCAGCAGUUCAUCAAGGACUUCGAGGAACAUAUCAGCCAGCUGUUCGACAAGUACCCGAACUUGGAGGAGAUGCCUGGCCUGUGCGUCACAGAAGGAGGAAGUGGAGCGAGAUUUUCUCAGGAGGCCUGUACGCAGUCUUUGUCGACGGGAGGCAUGUUUCGUUUCAACGGAAGCAUCUUCAUCCACGACAUCCGGUACCGUCCGUGGCCCACGCUGCCCGUCAAUCGUGCAGCCAUCUUGGAACAGUUGGAGACGCACUACCGUGAUGGUCCACCGGAGGCCGUGCCGUUCGACAUCACGGUAGUCUCCGAUGGCAUGGACGACGACUUGAUGUCCUUGCAAGGGAAACUCAAACGAGUGUCCCCGGAGGAGCCUGUCUAUGCCCUACUCUAUGCAGCUGCCAUGGCAGAGACUGAGGAGGACAUCGAGGCAUACCAGCGCCUCUUGCUCAAUGUGCACUACAAGGUGCUCUCACGACCCCCCAACGCAGAUUUGGGCAAAGAAGCGAUCUCUCUCCGUGAGAAGAUGACGGAUGACGUGCGCGCCAUCAAAAGGACUCCACUGAGCAUGAUGCUGCUCAUGGUGGAGAAGAAGAAGGAGAUCAAAGGACCAGCCGGAAAGGUCACCACAGAAAAAGUGUACCAGUACUUCAAAGCCUGUCACUGGUCCAAGGAGUCCGAAGCACCCUCCCUGAGUUUCCUGGAAAACUGCUUUUCCCUGUGGAACAAAAUCGAGGCGGCACCCGGGAUCCUAGACACCAUCCAGCGCGCCGAGAUGGAGUUCAAUCAAGAUUCUCCUUUCUCCUCGGUUCAGCAGAUGUACCACAUAACCUUGGCAUGCAAGAAGGCUACACCUGCCAAAUUGGCGUGGGUGUUCGAAGCGAUCCUGGAUGGAGCCAGAGCCCAAAUCUUGUCUAAGGAUGACCUAACGAAGAGUCGACUUUCCGGUGCUGAGAAAGUGAACCCUGUUCACGUCGUCGCCUUCAAGUACGACCUGCUCCAGGAACUGCUGCACACCGAGUUGGCGAAGUUGGAUGGUACCCCACAGGAUGCGGCAAACCUGCGAGACAAGCUGCAGAAGCAUCAGGCUUUCAGGGAACAUUGUUUCGGCUUUGUUGGGCAAUAUAGGUUUCUUUGGUCGCGGUUUAAUGUUUGGGGUUCACAGGGUAGCUUCGUCGACCUUGUGGACCAUAUCAUCUUCAGCAAGCUGCACGACACCUGCAUUCGGAGUUGCAUCAAGCUGAGCAAAGUGCCCGCAGAUGCGUUGCUCUACGGCUCAAUGGGGGUUGCUAUCGGCAACAUUCACAAGAAACAGGAGCAGAUGCGGGAGGAGGCCAAAGCGGAAGCAGCCGAAAAGCUCAAGUGCGUGAAAGACUCGGAACAGGCAGCACCUGCUCCGCUGGCAGAUGGCCAGAGCGCGCAGAGUGUGCCGCCCAUCGCAGCAGAGGAGGACGAGACUGCAGAUAUGGAUGAUGAGAUGGCCGAGGCCUGGGCACGCUGGAAGGCCAAAGCGACGAAUAAGGUGCGACGACAUGUUGAGCUUUUGGUGAGACCUUCGAACUCGAGUUCCGAGGAGAUGUACCAACUGUUCCGGGACAGCGCUACCUACAAGCUGCCACUGCCCUCGGAUAAGCACUAUCACAUGCACGUGUACGACUGCAAAACGGAAGGUGAAUGCAAAACACGGCCACAUGUGCGGAAGCCAGUCCACCGGCCGAUGUACAUGAUUGCAGCCGUGCAGGCUUGCCUGAAAGCGCGAUGCGAGGAGGAGGAUGACGACGCUAUCUAUGUCACGAAUGACAGCCUCUAUUGCUUUUUCGAUGCCUGCAAGCAUGAGCUCAUCGCGACAUUCGAGAAAGCUUUCCACACAGAGAACAACAGGAUGCAGCGGGCCAAGAAGAUCAUCUACGUGACGUAUGACGAGGCCACACUCCUCCGCCGAAACCGUCUGAGGUGCCAUGAUGUCGAGAUGGACGUGGUGGAACAUGCACGCCUCAUCACCCUGGACCCACUUGUGGUGGAGUCACGCAAGCGCCUCUUCUUCUCGAAAGACAGGAAUGCUGCGAGUCCUGGUCUCCAUGCACAAUCGGAAAUAUUCGGUACAGUGUAG